AUGGGUCACGAAGAUGCUGUUUAUCUGGCCAAGCUUGCCGAGCAGGCCGAGCGCUACGAAGAGAUGGUCGAGAACAUGAAGGUUGUCGCCUCUGCCGAUGUAGAGCUUACUGUUGAGGAGCGCAAUCUCCUGUCUGUCGCCUACAAGAACGUCAUUGGUGCCCGCCGUGCUUCCUGGAGAAUCGUCACCUCUAUUGAGCAAAAAGAAGAGUCCAAGGGCAACGAGUCCCAGGUUACCCUCAUUAAGGAGUACCGUCAGAAGAUCGAGUCUGAGCUCGCCAAGAUCUGUGAUGAUAUCCUCGAGGUUCUCGACAAGCACCUGAUCCCCUCUGCCCAGAGCGGCGAGUCUAAGGUCUUCUACCACAAGAUGAAGGGUGACUACCACCGUUAUCUUGCCGAGUUCGCCACCGGUGAUCGUCGUACAGGCGCUGCUGACGCCUCUCUCGAGGCCUACAAGGCCGCCACUGAAGUCGCUCAGACCGACCUUGCUCCUACCCACCCCAUCCGUCUGGGUCUGGCUCUUAACUUCUCCGUCUUCUACUACGAGAUCCUGAACUCCCCUGACCAGGCUUGCCACCUGGCCAAGCUUGCUUUCGAUGAUGCCAUUGCUGAGCUUGAUACCCUGAGCGAGGAGAGCUACAAGGACUCCACCCUGAUCAUGCAGCUUCUCAGAGACAACCUGACUCUCUGGACCUCGUCUGAGGCCGAGCCCGCUGCUGAGAACGCCUCCGCUGAGAAGAAGGAGGAGGCCCCCGCUGCUGAGGGCGAGAAGCCCGCCGCCGAGUAA